AUGGCUUGGAAUGGAGCAACAAGUUCAGUCAGACCUCCGGGGUUCAAUCAAACGGCAGCCGCUCCGACGGUUGGUACGAAUGCGACUUUCGACCCAAACGACUCUGCAAGUCCUUAUUUCUUGCAUCAUAGUGAAAGUCCAGCGUUGAUUCUCGUCUCCGCAGCCCUAGAUGGACGUAACUACCACCCCUGGGCCAGAGCAAUGGAGAUGGCCCUCCUCUCCAAGAACAAAUUGGGGUUCGUGGACGGAACCCUAGCAACACCGGAGGUAAAUGAUGUCAAAUUCCCCUACUGGAAGAGGUGCAACAACAUGGUUGCAACCUGGAUUAUGCGUGCGCUUUCACCAGAGAUUGCUCAGGCCGUUCUUUGGCUAGGAACAGUUGAGAGGAUCUGGAAAACUCUGAAAUCACGAUUCGGAGAAGCUGAUAUAUUCCGAAUCUCAGAUUUACAUGCCGAAAUCCAUCAGGUUCGACAGGGAGACCUCAGUGUGGGAGCCUACUUUGCGAAAUUGAGGGUUUUGUGGGACGAAUUACAAGUUAUAAGGCCUCUAGCUACUUGCAAUUGUGCUCGGAGAUGCGACUGUGGUUUGCUGGAUAAACUCCAAUUAUAUCUUGACAGUGACAAUUUAUCUGUGUUCUUGAGAGGAUUGAACGAUAGCUAUGCUUCAGUUCAGUCGCAGGUCAUGAUGAUGAAGCCUUUGCCCUCUGUUGAUGAGGCAUUCUUGAUAGUCCAGCAGCAGGAAAGGAGAUUCAAUAUUGGGAUAGGUUAUUCACCACAAGCAGUUGACAAUUUGAGUGCACGUAGUAUUCUUUUAUCCCAAGCUGCAGGGAAUAAUUCAGGCACCAAGAAGUUCUAUCCCAAUGGAAAUAAAAAAACCUAUCCGCACCUACUGUGGCUACACUGGUCACACAAUAGAGAAGUGCUAUAA